UGGAAUUUAUAUUUUAUUUUACUUUACUUUGAUUUCGAUAAUCUUUGGUAUACUUAACUGUUGGUUUAAUCUCCAAUUGUCAAGUUAACUGUCAUUAAACUGAUCAAUUGCUUAUCUGAUUGUCAACUAUGUCAGAAGUUAAACCGCAUGGAAAUGGGGCAGCAGUAGUUCCAACUCUAGAUCCAAAUGCUAUAGAGGAUGCUCAAGCUCAUAACGCUGAGGUGAAGAAAGAUUUGAAUAACAUCAUAAAACCACCAAUUGAAAGUGAAAAACCUCAAGCUUUAAAACCUCAUACCGAUAUCAAAACUGAAUCUCCAAAGGAUUUACCUCCUCCUCCACCUAUCAAAAAGUCUAAAAUAAGAGAUAAUGCAACUUUCUCUUGGGAAAAUGUGGGUCCUUGGGAUGUUCAAUCAAGUUCAGAUAAAGAAGCUUCUUUAAAAAACAUUAAGAAUGUUGAAACUUAUAUCACUGAUCAUUUCUAUGGUGAUUGGUAUUGGAAUUGUUCGUUAAUAAUCGGAACUUGUUUCUUUUCUUGGUUUGUGGCCAGAAUUGGUGGUGGAUUCUUAUCACUUGGAAUUGUGUUAUUAGUCACUAAUUCCGUGUAUAGAUUGGAAUUCAGAAGAUUCAAUAGAGAUAUAAGAGAUGAUUUAACUAGAAUCCAUGCUAAUAAUCGUAUUGAUAGUGAAGUUGAAACUAUGGAAUGGUUAAAUUCAUUCUUGGAUAAAUUUUGGGUUAUUUAUAUGCCUGCUUUAUCUGAACAAGUUAUGUUUCAAGCUAAAGCCAUUUUAGAAGGUGCUGCUCCAGGUUAUGGUAUUGAAGCUGUAUCUUUAGAUGAAUUCACUUUAGGUUCAAAAGCUCCAAGAAUUAAUGCAAUCAAAUCUUAUCCAAAAAGAGCUAAUGAUAUUAUUGAAAUGGAUUGGUCAUUUUCAUUUGCUCCAAAUGAUACUGGUGAUAUGACUAAAAAUGAAAUUCAAAAACAAAUUCUUCCAAAAGUUGCCGUGGGGGUUACUAUUGGUAAAGCUUUUAUUUCCAAAUCAAUUCCUUUCUUAGUGGAAGAUAUGUCAUGUGUGGGUAGAUUAAAGAUUAAAUUAACUUUAUCUCAAAAUUUCCCUCAUGUUAAAAUCGUUUCAGCUCAAUUCUUAGAAGCUCCAACCAUUGCUUAUAGUUUCAAACCAGUUGGUGGUGAUACCUUUGGUAUUGAUAUUAUGACUUUUAUUCCAGGUUUAUCAUCCUUUGUUAAUGGUAUUAUUCAUGGUACUUUAAAACCAAUGUUUUACGCUCCAAAUCAUUUUGAUGUCGAUGUAGAAGAAAUCUUAGCUCAACAAUCAAAUGAUUCAAUUGGGGUAGUGGCUGUUACUAUUAAAAGAUUAACUAAAUUAAAAACAGGUGCAACUACUAAACCAAAUAGUAUUAAUCCAUAUGUUCAAAUUAAAGUGGCUAAUAAUUAUGAAAUUGAAGAAAGAACUAAAGUUAAGAAAUUAAUCAAUGAUCCAGUUUAUAAUGAAACCAAAUAUCUUUUAGUGAAUGCUUUAAAUGCUAAUAAGAUUAAUUUCAAUGUAUUCCAUUUACUUGAAGAUAAAGCUGAUGAUCAAUUGAUUGGUAAUACUGAAUUCUCCUUAGCUGAUUUAUUACAAGAAGAAAUCCAAACUGAUUUAGUUAGAAAUAUCACUGAAGGUGGUAAAGCUGUGGGUAAGAUUGAAUUUGAUGUCAGAUAUUUCCCAACUUUACCUCCUAUUGAAUUAGAAGAUGGUUCUAAAGAACCUGUUGCUGAUGCUGAAAUUGGUAUUUUGAAAUUGAACUUACAUGAAGCUAGAGAUUUAGAUAUUUCUGAAUCAUUCCUUGGGUUAUUAAAUCCAUAUGCUGAAAUUUAUAUUAAUAAUGAAUUAGUUAAAACUUGUCGUAGAUUAAGACAAACUAAUGAACCUUCAUGGGAUCAAGGAUUUGAAAGUUUAAUCACUCAACAAUCAGAAACUCAUAUUCAAGUAUUAAUUAAAGAUUCAGUUGAUAAUAAUAUUGUCGGCAAAUUAGAUGCUAAUUUACAAGAUUUAAUCUUUGAAACUAAUAGAGGUCAAGAAUGGAUUACAACUCCUCCACUUAAAGAAAAUGGGGUUAAGCCACAAGUUAGAAUCACAGCUGGUUGGAAAGCCUUAAGUAUGACUGAUGAUUCCGUUGUGAAAUCCCGUCAUAGAUCAUCUAUUGGUGGUUUAAGAUUACAUUUACGUUCCGCCAAGUCUCUUAAGAAUUUAGAAGCAGUCGGUAAAGUUGAUCCAUAUGUUAGAGUGUUAUUAAAUGGUAAAUUAAGAGCCAGAACUUCUACGUUCCUCGAAACUACUGAUCCCGUGUUUAAUUCGACUUAUUUCUUACCAGUUGCCAAUGAACAUCAACAUUAUUUACUUCAAAUUAUGGAUGCUGAACCAGAAGGUAAGGAUAGAUCAUUAGGUACUGCAGCUAUUAAUAUCAAUGAUUUCUUAAAGAGAGACGAAAAGGGUUAUUUCUUAGCUUAUGAUGGUUCAGAAGAAAUCAUUGAACAACCAGUUAUCUAUAACAAAACACCAACUGGUGUUUUAUCAUAUUCUGUUUCUUUUAUUCCAACCAUUCCAAUUUAUACUCAUAGUGAAUUGGUUAAUAAAGCUGCUUAUAUUGCCGAAUUCAAAGAAAAACAACUUCAAGAACAAAAGAAGAAAGAAGCUGAUGAAAAACUCUUUAAAGAAAAACCAAAUGAAUAUGAAUGGGUUGACAUUGAAGGUGAUAACUUACCAGAACCCGAAAAGAAAGAAAUGUCAUUAGAAGAAGCUAUUAAAUAUAGGGCUGGUGCCGUUACGGUUCAUUUAUUAGGAGGUAGAUUCGAUAAGGCUGAUGUUAUCGCUCAUGCCUUAUUCGAUGAUCAUGCUUAUUCUUCCGUUGUGUCUACUAAAUCCAAUGGUAAAGUGUUAGAUUCAUCAUCAACUGGGGAAGGAUUUGUCAGAGAUUUACCUCAUUCUAAAUUAAUCUUUAGAAUUGCCACUAAAUCCGAAGUUAAUUAUCAAACUGAUAUUCUUGCUGAAAGAUCAUUUGAUACUCUUGAUAUUUUAAAGAAAUCAUAUGCUCAACCAAUCACAUUGAAAAUCAAUGAAACUAAUUCCAUCAAAGUUCAACUUGAUUUCACUCCAUCCGAUGUUAAAUUAGCUCCAUUUGAUACUGUAUUAGAUGUUGGAUAUGUUAAACUUGAUGUAGUUGGUGCUAAUGGUAUUAAAUCGGUUGAUUCCAAUGGUAAAUCCGAUCCAUUUGCUGUGAUUAGUCUUGAUGCGAUUGAAGUAUUCAGGACUGAUAAACAAAAGAAAACAUUGGAUCCAGUUUGGAAUGAAUCUACCAAUUUCCCAAUAUUAUCAAGAUCAAGACAAGUUUUGAUUGUGGAAUUAUUUGAUUGGGAUUUAACUCAUGAUUCUCGUAGUUUAGGUAAAGGUAUUAUUGAUUUAUCUAACCUUGUUCCAUUAACUACUACCAAUGUACCAGUUAAACUUGAUACUCAAGGUACAGUGAAUUUAAAAGCUACUUUCAAACCCGAAUAUAUUAGACCAAAAUUAGGUGUUGCCAAGGGUUCAAUAGUUAAUUUGGGAGCAGUUGCUGGAGUUCCAUUACAAAUGGUUGGAGGUGCGGCUGAUAUGGCAGGUAAUGCCUUAGGAGCUGGAGCUGGAUUAGCUACUGAUGGACUUACCAAGGGGAUGGGAUUUGCAACUGAUGGGGUUAAUAAAGGAGGAUCAUUUCUUCGAGGAUUUGGUAGACUGAAAAAGUCAUCAUCUAAGAAAUUGAAUGGAGAUGAUUCUGAUGAUUUUAAUAGUAGUUUUGAUAGUACUAAUGAUAAUUCAUCAGUGACAAGUAUACCACCCACUACACCAUCCAAGAGUAGUAAAGGUACAUUGGUUGAACCAGGUACACCUAAAUCACAAUAUGCUAAUGAUUUACAAAGUUUAAGAUCAGGACAUCCAACCCCUGCUGCCGCUGGUUUAGCUGCUGAAGGUUUAACAGCUCCUCAAAGACCAUCAUUCAAUCAUAGUAGAAAUGCCAGUGGAUCAAGUGAUGCUAUGAGUUUUGUUGCUAGUAUCAAUGGGCCAGAAGCUAUUCCAGGUAGAAUUAGUAUUAUAUCUGCUUCUGGAUUAUCUACAUCAGCGUCAAUUGAAGCUAAAGCCAUUUUAAAGACAUCAACUCGUGAAAGAGAAUUAUAUAAAACUAGACCAACUAAAGUUGAAAAGGGAAGUGAUGUAUUAAAAUGGAAUGAAAGUGUACCAUUUAAAUCUACUCUUCAAGGAGAACUUCAAUUUCAAUUAAAGGAACAUCAUACUUUUGGUAAGAGUCAAUUAUUAGGUACUGCCACAUUACCAUUAGAAGAAGUUCUUAAUAAGAGUGAGAAUCUUAAUGUUAAAAUCGGUAAUGCUACUUUAACUUUGAACAUUAA